GGAUGCUUCGCUGCUUCCUGCGAGUCAUACAGCUUACAGCUUCUUCGUGAUCGUCCUCCAAUCUCUGUCGCCAAACGUUCUAUUCGGACAAAAAAGGAAGUACAGGGUCCGAUAAUGACCAGUUCCACGGUCAUUCUGGGACUAGGAUUGCGUCUAUCUCAUGAAUAUUAGAAUCGCCAUAAGUACCUUGACAUGUCCCUGAUUGUAAAAGAGUCGCCCCGACGUUUUUUUCCCUCACCCCCCCAUCCUCGAUCCAUGGUUAUGCUUCCUACACGGUCAAACCCUCCCGCAGAGCGUUCCUCAUCUCAGUCUUCCGACAUCGACGUUUCGGAAGUACGAGGAAACAUAUCGGACGAAGGGAAACGUUUGGUACUCAACAUCAUUUCGUACUUUAUUGGUUCUCAAGAAGGAUGUUUUGGCGCGUCCGUGGGCGAACGUCUGAAACUCAUCGAGGCUGAGGUCGUCGCUAAAGACGGCAAGGCUUCUCAAGGCAGAACGGUGUUCGAGAUCAAGAUAGACAAAGAUAUGUGUAACUCGUUCGGAACUUUACAUGGCGCCUGUGCUACGUACUUGGUUGGCCCAUGCACCAUGACCGCUCUCGGUGUCCUGGGAGCUGCAUUGGGAAUCGACGGAACGGGUGUUUCUCAGUCCGUGAAUAUAGUUUGGCACCAGCCUGCCAAAAUGGGAGCAAAACUCCGGGUGAUAUCGACUUCUGUCUUUAUCAAGGGACAUAUCCGGACAUCCCAUUGUGAGCUGUGGGAUAAAGAGAGGGACAUCCUUUAUAUAUCGGCCACCCACUCGACUGUCAAUAACUUCCGUUCUUCUCCCAAUCGAAGCAAGCUGUAA